CACGUGUUGUGUUCAUAAAAAGUCUGACUCCUUUUUAGUGAUUGUUCUUCAGCUAGACGCAAUGGCUAACAACGCGAAGACGGAAUUGCCCGGUGGAAGAGGAGAGUGAUUCAGAAGUGACCAUUCUCAUCAGGAACCCCAUUCAAGAGUGUUGAUACAGUUUCACAAAUUAGAGGCAGCAUCUCCGAGGAAACCUCACAAAGUGUUCGCAUAACUAUUAUGCUGAUUAUAGAAUCAUCAAGCAUAGAAUUGGCAAAGUAUCUGCAGAACACUUAGUUUAAUAUAGAAAACCAAGAAAGAAAAAGUAAUUAUAUUUCAAAGCAUUGACAAGUUCCAUUAGAAGAUAGACUGAACUUCGAGGCUCUCAACUCCCAUCACAAGUCAAAGAAAGCUAUUGCAUCCAUCAGCAAACAACACAAUCCAUUUGAUCUCUUACGCAUAUUAUAUGAGAGUGACUGGCCCUUUUAAUAUGAACCUGCAAAAGCGAAGAUGAAAAUAGCAGAUUCGAGGAAGGAAUCUUCUGAGGGAGCUGUAGCUGGAGCUGCUGCUGGUGUUGUUGUUGAAGCUGCUUUGUAUCCAAUUGAUACAAUUAAAACUCGACUUCAAGCAGUUCGUGGUGGGGGACAAAUCAUUUUGAAAGGUCUUUAUUCAGGAUUGGCUGGAAAUCUUGUUGGUGUCUUACCAGCAUCGGCAAUAUUUAUUGGUGCAUAUGAACCUGCAAAGAGAAAAUUGCUGAACAGCCUCCCGGAAAACCUUAGUGCCUUAGCUCAUUUGACUGCAGGUGCUAUCGGUGGAGCUGCUUCUUCUGUUGUUCGUGUACCCACAGAGGUAGUUAAGCAAAGGAUGCAGAUCAGCCAAUUUGCUUCUGCCCCUGAUGCGGUCCGGCUCAUUGUUGCUAAGGAAAGGUUUAGAGGCCUUUAUGCUGGUUAUGGUUCUUUUCUAUUGCGGGACUUACCAUUUGAUGCUAUCCAGUUCUGUAUAUACGAGCAGAUGCGGAUGGGCUAUAAGUUAGCUGCAAAGAGGGACCUUAAAGAUUCCGAGAAUGCAAUGAUUGGUGCCAUUGCAGGUGCAAUAACAGGAGCUAUAACUACUCCUCUUGAUGUGAUAAAAACCAGAUUGAUGGUUCAGGGUUCAGCAAAGCAGUAUGAAGGCAUUUUGCAUUGUGUUAACACUAUUGUACGAGAAGAAGGAGCUUCUACUCUUUUUAAGGGAAUAGGGCCACGAGUACUUUGGAUAGGUGUUGGAGGAUCCAUAUUUUUUGGUGUUCUUGAAAGGACAAAGAAAUUCGUUGCUGCUAAACACCCUGUUGAUUAGAAUUUGAAACCACAAAAUUGGACUAUUUAUUUGCGGUAGGUACACAGUAGCCACAAGACUCGCAAUAGAUCUCUCGAAACGUGUCUUCGUUUCUGAAUUAUUGUUGGCUCAAUCCUGUUGAACAUAAAGGGGUGCGACAUUAAGAGAUUGUAGACGAGGCAAGGUAUGGUGGAAGAUAUUUUGCCCUGGCCUACAGAAUUAGUGUAAUGUAGGAAGAACUGAGCAAUAUUUUGCAGUUCUCUCCGCAACUCUGGAUAUCUGCUGCCAAAUUGUCGCCCCUUAUUCCUUUGACAAUAGAGUUAGGCUAUCUUUUUUGCAUCGAUUGUACAAGUUCAUGAAGAGGACUGGAUGAGUGGAUUGAGGAAAAGCGACUCAAUCAAUAAAACAGAAGAGUAGCCUCCCUUCCUUUA